AUGACCGGCCGUGGAGGGCGGCCUACAAGAAAAGUCCCGCUCCCAAAACAUCCAGGCAACACAUACCUUCCAUUCAAGGAUCUAAUCCGACUUGAAAAGAUCGAUGAUCGGACGUUUCGUUCGAUAGCGUUGCCAUUCGCUCCUGGUGGUCCACUUGGACACGUAAGCGGCAACUUCAUCCUCUCCGGCGAACUAACCGUCCCCUUCAUCUACAAAGUCCACAUCAUCCGCAACGGCCGCUCAUACAGCACCCGAACCGUCACCGUCACCCAAAGUCAAUGCAAAGGAAUCUGUUUCACCUGCACAAUCUCCUUCAAAACUCCUGAACCGCAACAAAUCGAAUCCCAAGAAAACUUCGAAAUCUUCGCCUCAAAAUACAACUCCAUCCUCCUCUCCAACAAAUCCCCCCGAGACUUCCCCGAAUGUCCCAGCAUGGACCUCCCCUUCUACCACGCCAACCUCCACUCCGGAAUUUCCCAAAACGACGAAUUCCCCGGCCUCGAAUGUCGAAAAGUCGACAUGACAAACUACAACAAAUCCCUGCAUCCUCUCGAUCGCCGGCAACUAAUUUUCUACCGCACGAUCGGCGACAUGCCCGAAAACGACCCCAACAUGCAUCUGUGCGCACACAUUUUCGCCACGGAUCGGAAUUCUUUGUAUAUGGUUGCGAAUCACUUUGAAGUAGGGGAUUUUUUUACGACGAUGAGUUCGCUGGCGCAUACGGUUUCGAUUCAUAGUCCGAUGGAAGAUUUGAGGUUUGGGGAGGGGAGGGGGAAAGGGACGGGGGCGUGGGGGGAUGAGGAGGAUGGGAUGGGGAGGUGGUUUUGUAUGGAGGUUAGUGGGAGUCGGAUGGGGUAUGGGAGGGCGCUUUAUCAUGGGAGGUUUUGGAGUGAGGAUGGGAGGCAUGUUAUGACGGCGAUGCAGGAUGGGCUUAUACGGUUUACGAAGAAACAGGAGCCUGAGGAUGAGGAACGGAGGUUUAUGGAUGAGCAGAAUCAGAGGUGGCGGGAUCAGUCGAAGCGGAGGAAGGAUGAGAAGUUGUGA